CUGGCGGGUGCAGGCCGGUUUGAAGGCUCGGUGAUCGAGGAGCGGCGAAAGGGGGCCGAGGACUUGCUUCGCUUUACUGUGCACAUCCCCGCACUCAACAACAGCCCGCAGCUCAAGGAGUUCUUCCGGGGUGGGGAGGUGACACGGCCCUCCGAGAUGUCCAGAGACGUGCAUAUCCUGCCACCCCCUCUGAUCCCCACACCGCCCCCUGGUGAACCCCGCGUGCAGCCUCAUGAGCCCUGGUUGCCCCAGCCGCUCCCUGCAGAGAGGAGGGGCCUCGAGGAGUUGGAGGUGCCAGUGGACCCCCUGCCAUCCAGCCCUGCCCAGGAGGCCCUGGAUCUCCUCUUUGACUGUGGGAGCACCGAGGAGGCGUCCAGUUCCCCCGGCCAAGGCCCCCUCACCGAGGCUGAGCUUGCCCUCUUUGACCCCUUCUCCAAGGAAGGGCUGGGGAAGGGAAAGAAGGGACUGGAGGGGAAAGGCAAGAGUGGUGUCACCAUGGCUGAUGAACCGGCCACAGAAGGUGUAGGCCCCAGUCCUACCCACAUGGGUGAGCUGGCAGCAUUGGAGGCAGAAUCUGAAAGACUGGACCAGGAACCUUGGGAGCCAGGAGGGCAGGCGGAGGAAGAGGACGAGGAAGGAGGGCCCGCCCCUGCCUAUCUGAGUGAAGCCACAGAGCUCAUCACCCAGGCCCUACGGGAUGAGAAGGCAGGCGCCUACCCUGCAGCUUUGCAGGGCUACCGGGAUGGUGUGCACAUCCUGCUUCAGGGAGUUUCUGGUGACCCAUCACCUGCCCGCCGGGAGGGUGUGAAGAAGAAGGCGGCUGAGUACCUGAAGCGGGCAGAGGAAAUCCUGCACCUGCAUCUAUCCCAGCUCCCACCCUGAGACGGGAGAGGACCCUUUCCCAGGACUCUAGCUCCAGCACUGCCAGCCACCCUGUUCUCCUCUCCCUGGUGCCUGGCCUGAUCUCCUGGUCUUGUAACUCCAGAGGCCAUUUCUGUGUGUAACUGGACCAAGAAUGAGACAAAUAAUGAAUUCUCAGCUCCCUGACCACACCUGCCACCUUGGAAUCAGGGACUCACACGUCUGAUCCUGCCUGUCUCUAUCUUGAUAUGUGAGCAGCAGCUCUGGUCCCUAGGCUCUUUGUUUAUCCAUCUAGAACCGGGGUCUGCAGACUACGUCCCGCAGCCAAAUAUGGCCCACUGCCUUUUUUUGUAAGGCCCACAAGCCAGAAGAGUUUUUACUUUUGUUUAAUAGUUGAAAAAAUUCAAAAGAAUAAUAUUCUGUGGCAGGUGAAAAUUACAUGAAAUGUAAGUAUCUAAAAAAUAAAAGUUUAUUGGAAC